AUGACGCUCGAAUCGAAUAUAACAUUUUGUAUUAAAUUAAUUCAAUAUUGCGUUGAAUCGGCCGAACAAGUAAAAGCAAAUAAAAUUUUAUGUUCAGACUUAGCUACUGACUUAGCUGUUGUUCACGAUAUUUUAAAGAGUUUAAAUCCUGUUGAAAAGCAACAAGCUGAAAAACACAGACUACGCGCGGUCUUGGUUAAACUUUGUCGAAUCACGGGACAAACCAAAAUUCUCUUCGAACGUUCUAAAAGUGGCAAGAAACGUAUAAAAGUGAAAAAUUUCUUGCAAGCUGUUUCAAUUCAAGAUGAGUUACGACGAUUGAAAGCGGAAAUGUUGGUUGUUAUUACCAUGUUCAAUCUCGUUUUUAACAUUAAACAACAGUCUGACCGCUACAGAGGUUAUGGUAUUAAUGCGCAACUGAUUGAUGAAACGAUUUUUGAUCAGGAAGAUGAAAAAGACAAUCAAUCAGCCGAGGAUUAUUAUGUUGUUGACGAUGAUUAG